UUCACUUCAGUAGGUGAUCUAUUACAAAUAACUUGUUAAUUUAAAUUUCAAUUGGUAUAGUACAUUUUUAUGAUUUAUUCAAAUUAUUAUCUACUUAUAUUUACCAGCUACUUAACUCCCUUCUGAAGUCGUCUGAACUGAAUGCGUCGGUGGUUUGUACUAUUUUAGCCCAAUAACAGGUAUUAUGAGUAAAUUAGCGAUGGAAAAGUGGAAAAUAAUUACAUAUAAUGUCGCAGUAUUUAUGUUUUUUUAUGGAUUACGACCUCUUGAUACAUAUUUAACAUCUUAUCUUACUGGACCAGAUGGAAACAUUUCGCUCUCAGAGGUGGCUAACACGAUGGAGUCAAUCAGAUCGUAUUCAUCACUCGUUGCAACUAUAAUAAUGUUAGCCAUUCCUAAACACUUUUAUAAAUCGGCCAUCAUAACCUUUAUGGUUUGUGCAUUUAUCGCCUAUAUCCUCGUGGCAGAUUUUCCGAGCUUGACACAGUUGUGGCUGGGUAUGGUUGGAAUAGGUGCAACAUCGAACAUUUUCAUAUUAGGUUUCAGCUAUUUAGUGAGUCAGAUCAGUGACAAACAACAGUAUCAAAAGGCGACCAGCAUUGUAUCGGUCAGUUUGCAGCUUGGCGUUUUCUGUGGUUCUGUAUUUUCUCAAAUAAUUGUUAGCACCACCGGAAUUUAUACAUUUCUACCGUAUUUAAAUGCAUCUGCUAUGUUAUUAUCUGUAAUUAGUGCAUGUUUAUUUCCGACGAAAAAAAAACAUUCUUUUCGAAUGGCGAAUGUGCCUAGCGAAAAUACUAGACUUCUUGACAAUGGUUUAAAAAAUAAGGAUCCUUGUGAAAAAAAUAUUGUCAAAAUGGAACUUAUCAAGUACAAUAAUACUGCAGUAGAAAAUAACUUGAAAGGAAUAUUGUUGAACUUUAAAACAUCAUACUCGGAUAUAGAUGUGCUAAAAAGGUCUAUUUUGUACACGAUCAAUUUGGGAUCGCAUUUUCAGAUUUUAGGUAACAUGAAUGUAUUGUACUCGUACAUUGUUAGUAAACCAGAUAAUCACGAUUUCUUGUUAAACGGAUACGUGGACGCAAUGUUUAGUUUGUGUGGAGCAGUAGGCGCCUAUAUAAUUGGAAUAAUGCGAUUAGAUUGGAAUUAUUACGGUGAUUUCGUUGUUGCAGUUUGCUCUUUUAUUAUGGGGAUUCUUGUGCUGUCAUGUUAUUUUUACAACCACUUAUAUUUUAUAUAUUUAUCGUAUAUAUUAUAUGGUAUUGUUAGUCAAAUGGCUUUUGUCUUAAAUUUCUCCGAAAUUGCGAAACGAUUGAAGAGUAAUUGUUUUUCUCUAGUUUAUGGAUUCAAUGUUCUUAGUUCUGUAUUAAUAUCUUCCUUGAUGACGAUGUUUUUUGUUCAAAUUAAUUUCCUGGAGAUAACUAUUCCUGGGCGGUUUUUAUUCAUUGGUGGUUUAGAAGUCUCUGUUGGAGUAGGAUUCUUCUUCCUAUCAUACAUCAGAAUGAUCAAACCUUGAAAAAAUAUUGCACUAUUUUUAUAUGUUAUAAUCUGGAUAUUUUGGAUAUUUAUU